CCUAGCAACCCCAACCGAUUUUCCAAACAAAAAUUUCAGUUAAAAUUUCUUGUCGUUUCGGUAUGUGAAUUCUCAAAAUUGUCGUAAAUUUCGAACUUUUCUAAAAAAUUCUCGUGUAUCCUUCAAAAUGGUGUUCGUUUGCCCCGAAAAGUGCAAACAGCGCAAAUCCCUCCUAACCAAACUCAAGGACUUGGUCGACCAGAUCGACGACAAGAAAUGCUGUCCUCCAUGUUGCCCACCUCCUUGUUGUCCUCCACCUUGUUGUCCUCCCCCUUGCUGCGGCAUCGGACCGUGUUGUCCACCCCCGUGUUGCCCCUCACCAAGUCCCUGUCCCCCACCCCAAUGCUGCCCCGGGACAUGCCCGUCGCCCUGCGCCCCCGUCCCGAUGUGCCCUCCGAUGUGCCCGCCCGUCAUGGUGCCCCCUUGCAUGCCCAUUUGCACCGCAGUGCCGCCGCCUUGCGUCCCCGUGUGCAACCCCUGUCCCGAGGAGCAACCCUGCGUGCCCUGCAACCCCCCGCAGAUGAUGGUGUGCUACCGCCGCCCCAAGUGCCCCACGGGGGCCUCCAACAGGUCGAAAAGUCGCGAAUUGCGAGCCAGUAUCUUGCACGUGGGGUGUGACUGCGAGAAGCGGAAUGGUCUCCAAGACGACUGUCCGCGAUCGGAGUGCCAGGGGGCCCCCGAGUGUCUCACCAAACCGGACCCCACUUGCGGCCCCAGCGAAUUCGCCAAUGGAAAACACUUGGGCAAGAGAAACUACAGUGGGAAGAAUAAGGAUUUGGAGGAAUAUCAGUGUUAUCCCGCUUAUGUGCGUCUCCCCCCAUGCCCCCCUUGCGCGCCUUGUGGGGGCUGUCCCCCUCCCUGUUGUGACCCUUGUUGUCCACCGCCUUGUUGUCCGCCACCGACUUGUUGUCCGGCUGUGCCCCUGGUGGCGCAGGCUCCUUGUCCGCCACCGAUUUGCCCCGGGCCUCCGCCCCUCGUCCCCGUGGGGCAAAUCGUCCCCAUGGCCCCGGCCGUGCCCUGUUGUCCCGCUCCAUGUUGUCCUCCACCAGUGGCGUGCUGUCCGCCUUGCCCCUGUCCUUGUCCGUGUUAAAUGUUCUUUUUUCUGUUAAUAAAUAAGCUGGAAAGUC